CGUGUAGUUCGUGUCGUCAUCGCCGCUCUGUCGCUUUUGUCGCCUGUCGGUUGUCGUUUGCCGUUAGCCGUUUGCCGUUUGUCGCUUUUGUCGCCUCUGUCGCCCGUCGUUUCUCGUCGUUUGUUGUUUCUCCCUCCGUUCGUUGUUCGCCGAUCGCCGUGUCGCCACCUCCUCCAUUCUCCAUCAUCCGAGUCGCCGAUUCGCUUUUGUGCUCUUUUUUUUGCGUUCUCCUCUUUUGAAAUUAAACAAGAAUUUUUUUGAAACCAGAAGAAAAAUCAAAAGUGCCAGUGAGUGACCCCAAGAAAAUUAAAGAAAUUCAAAAAACAAGUACCUGUAGAACACAAAAAAAAUAAAACAAACAAAAAACUAAUCAAGAAGGAAAUUUAGAGAGAUCCCGUUCAGAGAUCGCCGUGGGAAAUCCUUUCUGCAUGACGCACUCGGUUGUUUGAAACGGUUAUGUGAUGAGAUACGACGUCCAGGAGCUGCUACUUCAUCAGUCUGCUGAGGAUCCAUUCGCCAGGUUCGCCAAUGGGAUGGCAUAUCAUCCAUUUCUGCAGCUAACGCAACGACCCACUGACUUCAGCGUCUCCUCGCUGUUGACGGCGGGUAGCAACAACAGUGCCACCAGCGGCAACAACAACAACAACAACAACAGCAGCAGCAACACCAACAGCUCCAAUUCCAACAAUAACAACAGCAGCAGCAACAACACCAAUUCGAACAACACCAAUAACACCAACAAUCUAGUGGCCGUUUCACCAACGGGUGGUGGUGCGCAGUUAUCGCCGCAGAGCAACCACAGCAGCAGCAACACCACCACCACCAGCAACACCAACAACUCCAGUUCCAACAACAACAAUAACAAUAACACCAAUAAUAACAACAACAACAACAACAACCAUACGAAUAACAAUAAUAAUAAUAACAAUACGAAUCAGAAACAAGGACACCACUUGAGCACCACCGAAGAAACGCCAUCGCCCGCUGGCACACCACCACCGCCGCCCCAAAUCGUUGGUGUUGCUGGUGCGUUGCAACCACCGCCCAAUUCGGCCGCCCAUCCGUCGCACCACCCACCAGCCGCCGCCCACCAUUCCCCCAGCACGGGUGCCGCCGCACCACCCGCUGGCGCCACGGGUCUGCCGCCACCCACACCGCCGCACCACCUGCAACAACAGCAGCAGCAACACCAGGCACCGCCACCACCCCCAUACUUUCCAGCUGCGGCACUGGCCGCUCUAGCUGGCAGUCCGGCCGGACCGCAUCCGGGCCUCUAUCCCGGCGGCGGAUUGCGCUUCCCGCCGCACCACCCGGGCGCCCAUCCGCACGCCCACCACCUGGGCAGCGCCUACACCACCGCCGAGGACGUUGUCCUCGCCUCGGCCGUCGCCCAUCAGCUGCAUCCGGCGAUGCGACCGCUCCGGGCCCUUCAGCCCGAGGACGAUGGCGUCGUCGACGAUCCCAAGGUCACGCUGGAGGGCAAGGAUCUGUGGGAGAAGUUCCACAAGCUGGGCACGGAAAUGGUCAUCACCAAGAGCGGCAGACAAAUGUUUCCGCAAAUGAAAUUUCGUGUUUCGGGACUGGAUGCCAAGGCUAAAUACAUCUUGCUACUGGACAUCGUGGCGGCGGACGAUUAUCGUUAUAAAUUUCAUAAUAGUCGCUGGAUGGUGGCUGGGAAAGCGGACCCCGAGAUGCCAAAACGCAUGUAUAUCCAUCCAGAUUCGCCCACAACGGGUGAGCAAUGGAUGCAGAAAGUUGUUUCAUUUCACAAAUUAAAAUUGACCAACAAUAUUAGUGAUAAACAUGGAUUUGUAAGUACUACGAUCCUGAACUCGAUGCACAAGUACCAGCCGCGAUUCCACCUGGUGCGAGCCAACGACAUCCUGAAGCUGCCGUACUCCACGUUUCGCACGUACGUCUUCAAGGAGACCGAGUUCAUCGCCGUCACUGCAUAUCAAAACGAGAAGAUAACUCAAUUGAAAAUCGACAACAAUCCCUUCGCGAAGGGCUUUCGUGAUACUGGUGCUGGCAAGCGGGAAAAGAAUUGUUACAGGCAGGCGCUGAUGUCGAACCGAGGGUCCGAUUCGGACAAGUUGAAUCCGACGCACGUGAGCAGCUCCCGGGCACCGCUCCACCUGGGCCACGCCGGUCGUCCGCCCCACCUGCAUCCCCAUGCCGCCCUGCUCGACAACCAGCAGGAUGAUGAUGAUAAGCUCCUGGACGUCGUGGGUCCGCCCCAGAGUCCGCUCCUCCCGCUCAGCCACUCGCUGCAGCAGAUGCACGCCCACCAGCACUCCGCCCUGGCUGCCUGGUUUAACCACCUGGCGGGCGCCGGAGCCGGAGCCUCUGAGCAUGCAGCUGCCGCGGCGGCCAAUGCCAGUGCGGAGGAUGCACUGCGUCGCCGCCUGCAGGCGGAUGCCGAUGUGGAGCGGGAUGGCAGCGAUUCGAGCUGCUCGGAAAGCGUCGGCGGCAGUACCGGCGGUGCCUUUAGGCCCACCUCGACGGGCAGUCCCAAGGAGGCGGUGGGCGCGGCAGCGGCUGCCGCAGCGGCUGGCCUGAAUCCCGGCGGCGGUAGCUACCCAUCGCCGAAUAUAUCGGUGGGUCCGCCCAUCCAUCCGUCGCCGCAUCUGUUGCCUUACCUGUAUCCCCACGGCCUCUAUCCGCCGCCGCAUCUUGGCCUGCUGCACAAUCCGGCAGCGGCGGCGGCCAUGAGUCCGGCCGGCCUGAAUCCCGGACUGUUGUUCAAUGCCCAACUGGCGCUGGCCGCCCAACAUCCGGCCCUCUUUGGCCACGCCUACGCGGCGGCGGGACACACGCCGGUCUCCCCCCUGCAGGGCCUGAAGAGCCAUCGCUUCUCGCCGUACAGUCUGCCGGGCAGCUUGGGCUCCGCCUUUGAUGCAGUCACUCCCGGCUCGAAUGCCAAUCGAUCGGGCGAUCCUGCCGGUGGCCUGGGUGGCGGCGGUGUGGUGGAGAACGGGCCCAGGAGUCUGAGCUCCAGCCCACGACCUCGACCCGCCUCCCAUUCGCCGCCCACUCGACCGAUAUCCAUGUCGCCCACCACGCCGCCCUCGCUGAUGAAGCAACCACGUGGUGGUGGUGGUGGGGUGGCCCAGUCCCAGCACUCGCCCUCGGAGCUGAAGAGCAUGGAGAAGAUGGUCAAUGGGCUGGAGGUGCAGCACAAUGGCAGUGCGGCGGCGGCAGCGGCGGCUCUUCAGCUGGCCGAGGAGGCUGCCCAGCACCACCAGGGGCACCACACCCAGGCCCACCACCCACAGUCGCACCACCAGCAGCAGCAGCAGCAGGCACAAGCACAUCCGCACCACCAGUCGCACCACCAGACGCACCACCAUUCGCACCAUGGGGCGCCAACGGGCGGUGGGGAUCAGUGACAAUUACUGGACGGCCGCUCCGAUUGCGAG